AUGCAUUCUACAUGGAACAUGAAUUUAGCGGGAUCUAGGUGGAAUUCGGGAGUGCGCAGUCAGGGAAGAAUUAUUUAUCCGGUGCAGAGCACAGGGCUCAACAGCACGGUGCGUCGACUUUUGGAGAUGAGAUCGUUCCGAAUUCAGCCAGAAAAUAUGGCGUCUCGGCCGCAGCAGGUGUCUGCAAGGCGGCUGAUUUAUGGGCGUCGCCAGCGGCGGCGGCGGCGGAGCCGUGGCGAAUCUAAGAUGGUGGUGGUCGGAGAAUCGCGAGGGGUGUGUGGGAUGGUGAAAAAUGUCGGAGACAAUUUUCUCUGGUUUGUCGUUAAGAUGAUUUUUUGA